AUGCUCCCUCAUCUCAACCAGUCGAGGCCGGGAGCACACCCCCGCUCCUCGCGCCAUGAGCACUAUACCGGCUCCUGUCCGCUCAGCUGUCCAGCCCGGAGAGCGCCGCACCACCAUACCUCACAACACUACCCUACCGCUUCUGCUGGACAGGCGCCCUUCCACCCACACCACCCCAGCCUUGAUGCCUCAAAAUUGCACCCGGCGUUUUCAGGACUCUUCUUCCAACAACGGCGGACAUAUACUACAAUGCAACAACAACAACAACAACAACAACAACAACAACAACAACAACAACAACAACAGCCACCACCAUUACCACCACACCACAUCGGGCUUAAUACUUCAGGAUUUCCAUCAAAACAACCACCACCGACAGGAACCGCAGGACUCGGAGAUGUCAGACUACAACAGGGCGCACCGAUCUUGGACCAUUAUGCAGGAGGAGGUGGAGUAGUAGGAUCAGCAGUAGGAGGAGGAGGAGGAAGGGGAGGGCCACCACCAAUGAUGAUGAUGGAUCCUGCGAGGACGUCGCCCAUCUUUUACGGGUAUGCUUCCAAACCCGACAAACCCAAGAUGUGA